AUUUUAUCGCUCAGUUACAAAUGAUCAGUGCUUUGGAGACCCGGUUAAUCAGCCACGUGAUAGGCAUUGGUUGGGGGAGUUACGAUUUGAGGGCCUUUUGGGGUAGUUACUUGCUCUGCAAGACUGUUGCAGUGCAUACACUAUAAGGGACCUUUUCAUUUCACUGAUCGCUAGACUAGUAAUAAACCGUACAAUAUGUGGAAAGUUGUGAAACAGACCACGGGAUUACGGAAAAGUAGAUGGUUCCCGACAACUGUGGGUCCUACUCCCCUUCGUUUCUUAAGCAGCAGUGUGACAGAGACUGAUCGAGACGACAAGCCUCCUACAUCUUUGGCAAACAGAUGGAAAGACACAGCAGAAGCAGUCAUUAUUGGAGGUGGAUGCAUUGGAGUCAGCCUUGCAUAUCAUCUAGCCAAAGCAGGCAUGAGAGAUGUGGUUCUGUUAGAGAAAUCAGAGCUCACAGCAGGAUCAACAUGGCAUGCAGCUGGGUUAACAACCUACUAUCACCCUGGAAUAAAUCUGAAGAAAAUUCAUUAUUAUAGCAUAAAGCUCUUUGAAAUGCUGGAAGAAGAAACCGGUCAGGCAGUUGGAUUCCAUAAGCCUGGAAGUGUACGUAUUGCUUCUACCCCUGCUAGAGUGGAUGAACUUAAGUACCAGAUGACACGCAGUCACUGGCAUGAGACACCACAGUACCUUAUUGGUCCAGAAAAGGUGCAGGAACUAUUCCCAUUACUGAACAUGGAUAAGGUAUUGUCUGGCCUUUAUAACCCUGGAGAUGGGCACAUUGAUCCAUAUUCACUUACUAUGGCUCUGGCUGCUGGUGCAAGGAAGUAUGGAGCAGAAUUGUAUUAUCCAGCACCUGUGAUUGGCCUGAAACCUGUACAUGAUGGAAAGUGGGAUGUAGAAACCCCACAUGGAACUAUUCGGGCAGACAGAAUUAUUAACACUGCAGGAUUUUGGGCACGAGAAGUUGGGAAAUUGAUUGGGUUGGAACAUCCACUUAUCCCCGUUCAUCACCAGUAUGUCAUCACUGGAACAAUUCCUGAAGUAAAGGAACUUAAAAAGGAACUUGCUGUAAUCCGUGAUUUAGAAGGAUCCUAUUACUUAAGACAGGAGAGAGAUGGAAUCCUUUUUGGUCCAUAUGAAAAACAGGAGAAGAUGAAGCUCCAGGAGUCAUGGGUAACAGAUGGAGUACCACCAGGGUUUGGAAAGGAACUUUUUGAAUCUGAUUUGGACCGAAUUAUGGAAAAUGUGGAAAUGGCUAUGGAAAUGAUACCAGUGUUAAAGAAGGCCGAUAUUGUCAACAUUGUUUCAGGUCCUAUUACAUAUACCCCAGAUAUUCUGCCCAUGGUCGGGCCAUUUCAGGGAGUGCGAAAUUACUGGACUGCUAUUGGCUUUGGAUAUGGUAUAAUUCAUUCUGGUGGUGUGGGAAAAUUCCUUAGUGACUGGAUCAUUAAUGGAGAACCCUCCUUUGACCUAAUAGAAGUGGAUCCCAACAGAUAUGGAAAAUGGACCACAAAAGAAUAUACAGCAGUGAAAGCAAGAGAAUCAUAUGGUUUCAACAACAUUGUUGGCUAUCCUGACGAAGAAAGAUUUGCUGGCAGACCCACUGAAAGAGUAAGUGGAGUUUAUGACAUUCUGAAGUCAAAGUGUUCAAUGGGCUUUCAUGCUGGUUGGGAGGUGCCUCAUUGGUUCUAUAAAGAUGGAGAUGAAUUAGGAUACAGGCCUAGUUUUUAUCACACCAACUGGUUUGAACCUGUUGGACGGGAAUGCAAGCAGGUGAUGGAAAAAGUAGGAUUGAUUGACUUGACACCAUUUGGCAAAUUUGUUCUUAAAGGGAAGGACUCUGUAAAAAUGCUAGAUCAUCUUAUUGCUAAUACCAUUCCAAAGGUUGGCUGUACAAACAUAAGCCACAUUCUGACUCCAAGAGGUCAAGUCUAUGCCGAAGUGACUGUCACUCACAUGUCACCUGGUGAAUUCCUGUUAAUUACUGGCUCUGGCUCUGAACUUCAUGACCUUCGGUGGAUAGAGGAAGAGGCAGUGAAAGGUGGUUACGAUGUGGAAAUUAAAAAUAUUACAGAUGAGACUGGAGUGCUGGGUGUUGCAGGACCCCUUGCAAGAAAGGUACUUCAGAAACUAACAACUGAAGAUUUCAGUGAUUCUAGCUUUAAGUUCCUACAGCAAAGAGUCUGUUCACUCUCGGGUGUACCUGUCACUGCUAUAAGGAUCUCUUAUACAGGUGAGUUAGGGUGGGAGUUGUAUCACAAAAGUGAAGACACUGCUACUUUGUAUGCUGCCAUAAUGGAGGCUGGACAAGAGGAAGAAAUUGACAACUUUGGGUCAUAUGCCAUGAACUCACUAAGAAUGGAGAAGGCAUUCAGAGCCUGGGGAUCAGAGAUGAACUGUGACACCAACCCUUUUGAAGCUGGACUGGGCUAUUUUAUAAAGUUAAACAAGCCUGCAGAUUUUAUUGGAAAACAAGCCUUGUUAGACAUUAAAGAAAAAGGACUCCAGCGUCAACUUGUUUACCUUACCAUGAAAACAGACAAUGUUGACCCAAAAGGAAAUGAAACCAUUUGGUGUAAUGGAAAGGUGGUCGGCAAUACCACAUCUGGAGCUUAUAGCUACAUCACCCAGCAGUCUGUGGCAUUUGGCUAUGUCCCAGUAGAACUCAGCAAAGUUGGUCAAAAAGUGGAGAUUGAACUUUUAGGUAAAAAUUACACAGCAGUUGUUACCCAGGAACCAUUGAUUCAGACUGAACCAACAAGAACACGCAUGCAGAGGACAGGUGCAGCCUCCAAGACGGAAUAAUGAAGAUUAUAGCACCAUCUGUGCCUCGGAGGUCUCUUGUAUGAACUCUAACCAUGAAAUAGGUUAAGUCUGAACAAAGCAGAAAACUUUACUAAGAUUUUUAUUGCAUAGCUCUUAUAUUUUAUUCAGAAAUGAUAAAAUCAAGUGCUGUUUUUUAUAACUGAAAUUUUUGUAUGCAACAGGAAUACAUCAUUAAGAAAAUUACAUUAUAAGAAGAAUUAUAAAAUGUUUACAUUGCAUUUUAAUAGAUAUACAGCAUUGUUUUCCCUGUCCUGUGAACUCUAUAUUUUUAGUUAGAUGCACAUGUAUUCAUAAAUGGAUUGAUGGCUAGGGCGCAGUAAUGAAAGCAGAUCAUAUCCUGAAUAUACCUGAAUGCUGCUAAUGAUCAUAUGGAAAAUUAAGUUGUAUAGGCACCUAACAUUUACCAGACAGAAGUUACAGUAAUUAUUGAACUGAAACCACUGGGUUGGAUAAAGGAUACUGAAGAACCAUGCUGGAAAUGGAGAACAAGUUUGUUAUGGGACCAAUGAUUACAGUAAUUGACAACAUUUGGUCCAUAGUUCUUAACUGUCUCUGAUUCUGCCACAUUUUUUUUAGUCUGUCCCUGGUCAAAUUUUUUUAUUUAUUCCUCUGGCAUAUCACUAAAUAUUAUAGUAAUGGGACAUUAGAGUUUAAGACACGUUCUUCUGGAAAUGUAGAUUAAUGCAAAACCUUUUAUUCUGUUUUUUUUUUUUUUUUUUUUUUUUUUUGAGAUUAUGAGCCAUGUUUAAAAGCAUGAUCUAAGAUGUUUGCGUGCAUGGCAGUGAUCUUCAUGAAAUUGUGGUUGCUGUUAUGGUAUGGAAACCGAUACUUGAACAUUCAUUUUCUGUUCUCGUUACGAUUUUAUAUUCUUAUUACAAAUAAAAGCAGGAAAUGAUUCAUAUCCCGCAUAUAGCCAUCUUUUGGCUUAUAGUGGUCAUGAUUUUAAGGUACAGUCCAGUCUUGUGAGCUGUUAUAUGGGUAUGCAUGGGAAUUUCUUUAGGAUGAAGGUUUUCAGGUAGAUGCUUUAUUUUCCUUUUAAUUAUCAAAAGAGAUUAAAUGUGCAUUUUUAUAACAGAUGCUUCCAGUUUUCCCACAUCAUUGAAAUGAAUGUAACACUUAAAUGAUUUUGAAUAAAUAUAGUGCAAUGUUU